AAUCGAUCAAAUAAAAUCCCUAAGCCCGUUCCCGCCACUCGAAUCUUCCGGCGUCCUCCAACAAUGUCAAAGCAGACGUACAGCGUCUGCUUCUGCUUCCGUCGGCGGUUCCACCUGGCGGAGGCCGAGGCUCCGGCGGAGAUCAGGAGCAUAUUCAACCAAUACUCGGAAAACGGGGUGAUGAGCGUGGUUAACCUCCACCGCUUCCUGAUCGAGGUUCAGAAGGAGGAGAACGCGACGGUGGAGGACGCUCAGGCCCUCGCCGAUAGCCUCCAUUACCUCAAGCUUCUGCGUCACAAAGGCCUCAAUCUCCACGAAUUUUUCAAGUACAUCUCCCGCGGUGCGAAUUCCCUCAUUAAUCCUAAAAUCGGGAUUCACCAUGAUAUGAAUUCUCCAUUAUCCCACUACUUCAUAUACACUGGCCAUAAUUCUUAUUUAACUGGGAAUCAACUAAGCAGUGACUGCAGUGAUGCCCCUAUUAUUCAAGCCCUGCAGAGAGGUGUUCGAGUAAUUGAGCUCGAUAUAUGGCCAAACGCAACAAAGAAUAAUGUCGAUGUUCUUCAUGGCAGAACGCUGACCACUCCAGUGGCACUUAGCAAAUGUUUGAAGUCUAUUAAGGAGUAUGCAUUCUCUGCAUCUGAGUAUCCUUUGAUAAUAACACUGGAAGACCAUCUCACUCCAGAUCUUCAGGCCAAAGUGGCACAGAUGAUCACACAAACAUUUGGAAACAUGCUGUAUUCUCCUGGCACAGAAUGCUUGAAGGAAUUCCCUUCACCCGAGUCAUUGAAAAAGCGAGUUAUUAUAUCAACUAAACCACCGAAAGAGUACCAACAAACAAAGGAAUUUAAGGAGAAGACAACUAAAGAAAGCAGUUCUGCAGAGACAGAAGCUUGGGGGAGUGAAGUUCUAGAUCUGCCUCCAACAAAUAAUAAUGACAAGGAUGGUACUGAUGAUGUUGAAUAUGACGAUGAAGAAGAAGAUCCAAAAUCAGAACAGAAUGAGGCACCACAAUUCAGGAAUUUGAUUGCCAUUCAUGCUGGAAAGGGGAAGGGUGGACUGUCUGACUGGCUUAGAAUUGAUACUAAUAAAGUGAGACGGCUUAGCUUGAGUGAGCCACAGCUUGAAAAAGCAGUCACAACACAUGGAAAAGAAAUCAUUCGAUUCACGCAACAAAAUUUAUUGAGAAUUUACCCAAAGGGCAUACGCGUCAACUCAUCUAAUUAUAAUCCCUUAAUUGGCUGGACGCAUGGAGCUCAAAUGGUGGCAUUUAAUAUGCAGGGUCAUGGUAGAUCACUUUGGUUGAUGCAAGGCAUGUUCAGAGCCAAUGGUGGGUGUGGAUAUGUCAAGAAACCGGCCAUAUUACUGGAAUCUGAUAAUUCAUAUGAUUUAUUAGUUAAUAAAAACGUUUCAUCACGCGUUAAAAAAACGUUGAAGGUGACUGUGUAUAUGGGUGAAGGAUGGCAUCAUGACUUCCGUCAUACUCACUUCGAUGCAUAUUCACCUCCAGAUUUCUAUGCAAAGGUGGGAAUUGCUGGAGUUCCAGCUGAUUGUGUGAUGCAGAAAACAAAGGUAGUAGAGAACAACUGGAUACCUAUAUGGAAUGAGAGUUUUGAGUUCCCACUAACGGCUCCUGAAUUAGCUCUUCUGCGUUUAGAAGUUCACGAGUACGACUCGUCCGGGAAAGAUGACUUUGCAGGGCAAACGUGCAUCCCAAUCUCCGAAUUGAGACAGGGGAUCCGAGCAGCCCCUCUCCAUGAUCGUAAGGGUGAUAAGCUUAAAUCUGUAAAGCUGCUUCUGAAACUUGACUUUCUUUGACUUUCUCUGGAACUUGACUUUGCUGGAAUGGUACCCCAGAGCCAUUCCAGCAAGGGUGUUUUCCGUAAUUUCAAUGCUUUCAGUAUGAUGGUGCCCCCUUAGAAUGUAAUUCCGUUUCUGUCACUGUACAUAAUCCAGGCAACUAAGUCGUCAUUACACCGGUUUCAACACCGGCGGGAUGACAUAAUCAAAGUUCUUAGUGGCC